GAAGGGAAACCCGGCAGAGGGGGGCUUCCCUCCCUGGUGUAGCGGUUUCCGGUUUCCCAAAAAAAAACGAGUACAGUAUGAAUGUGAAUCAUCUGAUGGCGCCCAAGUUUAUUCUUGUUCCUGUGUUACCGAUGAAGAAACAGGAUGGCAGGAUUUCCAUAGAAUAUCUAGCAUGAGUCCACAUCUCAGCCUCUUAUCCAGCUUCAGCAGUCUCAGCCCCACCAGCUGGAGAAUAAAUGGGAUUUGCAUGAAUUCCAAACCGAACUGCAAUUUAAACUGAAGUGUUAAUAUCCUUUUCUUCUGGUUGUUAUUGACAGUUCCUCAGAAAAUUAAAUGUCGUCAGAAGACCGAGAAGCUCAGGAAGAUGAAUUGCUGGCCCUGGCGAGUAUUUAUGAUGGAGAUGAAUUUAGAAAAGCAGAAUCUGUCCAAGGUGGAGAAACCAGGAUCUAUUUGGAUUUGCCACAAAAUUUCAAGAUAUUUGUGAGCGGCAAUUCAAAUGAGUGUCUCCAGAAUAGUGGCUUUGAAUACACCAUUUGCUUUCUGCCUCCACUUGUGCUGAACUUUGAACUGCCACCUGAUUAUCCAUCUUCCUCCCCACCUUCAUUCACACUUAGUGGCAAAUGGCUGUCACCAACUCAGCUAUCUGCUCUGUGCAAGCACUUAGACAACCUCUGGGAAGAACAUCGUGGCAGCGUGGUCCUGUUUGCCUGGAUGCAGUUUCUUAAGGAAGAGACCCUAACAUACCUGAAUAUCGUCUCUCCUUUUGAACUCAAGAUGGGUUCUCAGAAAAAAGUGCAGAGAAGGACAGCUCAGGCCUCUGCCAACACAGAGCUUGAUUUGGGGGGAGCUGCUGGAUCUGAUGUAGACCAAGAGGAAGUUGUGGACGAGAGAGCUGUGCAGGAUGUGGAGUCAUUGUCGAGUCUGAUCCAGGAAAUCUUGGACUUCGAUCAAGCUCAGCAGAUAAAGUGCUUUAAUAGUAAAUUGUUCCUGUGCAAUAUCUGUUUCUCCGAGAAGCUGGGUAGUGAAUGCAUGUACUUCUUGGAGUGCAGGCAUGUGUACUGUAAAGCCUGUCUGAAGGACUACUUUGAAAUCCAGAUCAGAGAUGGCCAGGUGCAAUGCCUCAACUGCCCAGAACCAAAGUGCCCUUCUGUGGCCACACCCGGCCAGGUCAAAGAGCUGGUGGAAGCUGAGCUGUUUGCCCGUUAUGACCGCCUCCUCCUGCAGUCCACCUUGGACCUGAUGGCAGAUGUGGUGUACUGCCCCCGCCCAUGCUGCCAGCUGCCUGUGAUGCAGGAGCCUGGCUGCACCAUGGGCAUUUGCUCCAGCUGCAAUUUUGCCUUCUGUACAUUGUGCAGAUUGACUUACCAUGGGGUCUCUCCAUGUAAGGUGACUGCAGAGAAAUUAAUAGACUUACGAAAUGAGUACCUGCAAGCUGAUGAGACCAAUAAAAGAUUUUUGGAGCAGAGGUAUGGUAAAAGGGUAAUUCAGAAGGCACUGGAAGAGAUGGAAAGCAAGGAGUGGCUAGAAAAGAACUCAAAGAGCUGCCCGUGUUGUGGAACUCCUAUAGAGAAACUAGAUGGAUGUAACAAGAUGACAUGUACCGGCUGUAUGCAGUAUUUCUGUUGGAUUUGCAUGGGUUCUCUCUCUAGAGCAAACCCUUACAAACAUUUCACUGAUCCUGCUUCUCCAUGUUUUAACCGGUUGUUCCAUGCGGUGGAUGUUAAUGGAGAUGUUUGGGAAGAUGAGAUUGAAGACUAGUUAACUCCUUUUGCUCAAGAUACGGAAGUGGCAUGGUUUGCCCUAAUCUUUUGUCAAGUACACAAAGUAAUCUUGCAGGACAUAUGUAGGAUACCAUUCAUUCAUUCUUCCUGGCUAGAAGAUAUGGAAGGAGGUUUAUAUUUUCAUUUGGUACUACUGAUUAAGGCAUAUUCAUACAUUUUUUUCAAUGUAAUAUAAAUUGAGAAAAAUAUAAGCCAAAGGUUCAGAAAAAUGAAAACUAUAGAAUAGUAGCUCUGAAUAGCUAAAAAUUAAAUAUUUAUUUUUUUCCCCCAAGCUUUAGGAAAAGAGAGGGAUCAGCAUUUAAACUUUAAACUCUUGUCUCUGGGAAGCAUCCCUCUAAGACAUUCUGUUGGAGCCUCCUCAGUUCUUCUCCUUACAAAUGGAGGAGAUAGAAGCCUUAUUAACAUUGUACCAAGAGCCUGAUCUCAUUUACUGCACAUUACUCCCAUCCCUUCCAACCUAAAUUUCUGCCAAGUCAGUUCUCUUUGUAGGGAGUCCUUUACUCUGUAACUGACUGGAUGGUCCAGGGUUAUUUUAAUCUACUGCUUUUCAGAAUAAAAAGUUAUAAUAAUUUUAAAAAUAUCGUUUGAUACCACAAAUACUGUGGAUCACUUGACAUUUACUAGUGGUGUAUAUAAUCCACUGAUUUUGAGCCAAGUCUAGAAUUUAAUCAUACUGGCCCAGAAGAAUUGCAGCCCUUCUCAAUUUUCCUGGGCAGUAGAGAGCCCAGAUUCAAAACGACGUGCCCUUUCCACGCUACCUUUUGUCCACACUCUCCCUUUACCCUCAGCCAGCUUACUGCUGACACAGACAAUCUCGGUUCCAGCAGCACGUGUGUGUAUUUCCUCUGCCGGGAUAGGAGAAAGCCUAACAUAUUCCUGAGAUGAACAAGCAGAAUGGUUUUUAGUUUUCUGCCUUUGACCCCGUCCAUGCUACUGUAGUUCUAGUCCUAACUCAAUUCUUUUUAAAGGUCUCCCCCAAUGAGCUAUGGGGAUUUGACCGCCUAUCCUUUUUUGCAACAGCAGUGAUUGGGGUGAUGAUUUUGACUUGAUACCUAGAUUCUUGUUUCUGGUUUUGCUGGCUUUUUGAAAAGUUGUCUUUCCUUAGGGUUUGGUGAGAGGCUUGGUAGCAAAUAAGAUUUAUUUGAAAAAGAGGACCGAAAAACAUGACAGCAGCUUGUGAACAUGUUCUUUUAUCCUACCUUAUGAUUGAAAAUUGAGGAAUUUGAACUGUUGAGGUGUGUGUGCCCAAAGAGUCAGCAAGGACUGUGUUUCUGGACUGUUGAUGAGGAUGCUUAACUUAAAAAUAAAAAUAAUUUAAGAAAUCAUCUUAUAAUU